GCACAUACUUACAAACAAAUCAGUCAAAUAUCUAUCUCUAUAUUCCUCUAUAAUCUAGUACUACUACUAUUCAUUUCACUCUGUGUCAUCUUCUUUCUUCCCCAUAUAUAUUUAUAUAUUUUCUUUCAAGUUUUCAUCUUUUUUCUUCACACGACAGUUCACCUAAUACCCUUCUUCCCAUUAAAACAAGUAACCCCAUAACUUAUUUAUAUAUAAUAAUUCAUUCUACACACAAAAAGUGUGUGUCUUUGUGUGUUUAAAGAUGGGUAAUUCUCUGGGUUGCUCAGCAUCAGGAGAAAGAUUGGUGUCUGCAGCUAGAGAUGGUGAUUUUGUGGAGGCCAAAAUGCUUCUUGAUUGCAAUCCUUGCUUAGCCAAGUACUCUACUUUUGGUGGCCUUAAUUCUCCUCUUCAUUUUGCUUCUGCUAAAGGCCAUAUUGAUAUUGUUGCUCUAUUACUUGACACUGGAGCUGAUGUCAAUUCAAGAAAUUACUGUGGUCAGACAGCCUUGAUGCAAGCUUGUAGAUAUGGGCAUUGGGAGGUUGUUCAGACUCUCAUGCUUUUUAGAUGCAAUGUUACUAGAGCGGAUUAUCUUAGUGGGAGGACGGCGCUACAUUUUGCUUCUGUUAACGGGCAUGUUAGAUGCAUCAGACUUGUUGUGGCUGAUUUUGUUCCCAGUUCUCCUUUUGAAUGUCUGAAUUCUCAAGUGAAGGGUGAUAAGAGGAGUGCUUCCGCUGUUAAAGGCAAACAUGACCAAAGUGCGCUGGCAAAGUUUGUAAAUAAGGCAGCUGAUGGUGGUAUCACUGCUCUUCACAUGGCUGCUUUAAAUGGCUAUUUUGACUGUGUACAACUCCUUCUAAAUCUUCAAGCUAACGUUUCUGCUGUUACAUUUCAUUAUGGAACGUCUAUGGAUUUGAUAGGAGCGGGGAGCACACCCUUGCACUAUGCUGCUUGUGGCGGAAACUUGAAAUGCUGUCAGAUCCUCCUAGCAAGUGGUGCUAGUCGGUUGACAUUGAACUGCAAUGGGUGGCUCCCUCUUGACGUUGCAAGAAUGUGGGGGCGUCAUUGGCUUGAGCCAUUUUUGGCACCGAAUUCUGAGCAGAUACUUCCAGUAUUUCCCCCUUCAAAUUAUUUAUCUUUGCCUCUCAUGAGUGUUCUUAAUAUAGCAAGAGAACUUGGUUUGCAGUCCUCAACUACCUCUGAUGACACUGACGUUUGCGCUGUUUGCUUGGAGGGAGCAUGUUCGGUCGCUGCUGAAGGUUGCGGGCAUCAACUCUGUGUACGAUGUGCGCUCUACCUUUGCUCGACAAGCAACUUUGCUUCUGAACUUUUAGGUCCUCCAGGGUCAAUUCCAUGUCCACUGUGCAGACAUGGAAUCAUUUCGUUUUGCAAAUUGCCAGGAUCCCCUACAAAAGAAAUGAAGCUGAAUACGUCGCUUAGCCUAUGUACCCCUUGCAUGCUUCAUUCUCGAGAACACUCCCUGGACUUCGUCCAGUCAACACCAGCAUGUGCUCCUGAGAUCCGAAAGAAUCGUGUAGCUUCAGUUUCCUCAGAUAUUUUUUGCCCAGUUACUUGUAGCCCAUUUCCUUCAGUUGCCCUUCCUUUGUGCACCUGCAAUCAGGGAACAUGCCCAUCAUUUGAGCAUGAGGAGGGUGAAGCGCGAGAUGAAUCUCCCCGUUCACAAUCUGCAUCAAUAGACCAAGAUAAAAUGUCAGGAAUAAGAUUGGAGAAAACUAGUUGCUCAAGCAUGUUCUGGAGCAGAAGAAGCUGUAGCAGGGAACAGCGGUGCAACUCUGAAAUAAACGCAUAAAUGCCUUAUAUCUGGUAUCUUCCUGAACUAUUAUCUCAUGCAGAUGAUUUUUUGGUAAGGCAGCCGAAGUUGUGUGUUUGCUGCUCCUGUACCAUAUUAUUUCAUUCAUUACUUGGAACCAAAUGGAAGAUUAUAUCACAGAGGCAUUUGUCUGGACUCAGAGCAAAAUGAAAAGAAUAUAUCAUCCUGGACUGAUGUUUGGAAUAAUGGUUUUCUGUCGAUGUGAAUGAUUCUGAGCGUGGCUUACUAUUUGAAACAGAGAAGACACAUUCAUAGCAGUUUGCAAGAUUGAAUUAGAUAAACACAUCCAUACAGCCUGUAGAAGUUGAAUGAAUGGCUUUGCUAUAUAUUUUAUUACAGGAAAUAUUGUAGUGUUUGGCAAAGUAGACAUAUUAGAGCUUAGAGGUGUACAAAUAAUUCGCAACUGCUCUGAAUUAGUUCGUAUCGUCGGUAUUUGCAAAUUUAGGGUGGUUACAUAUUGAAAUAUACUAUAUUAGUCGGUUGUUUGA